AUGGCUCCAUUUGAGGGAAUCGUAAGGGCAGCGGCGGCAGACACGCCGUCUGUGCUCCCGGGUCUUCCAGGCUUCAAUCAGGAAAAUCUCCAGCCAUGGACUGUGCAGGUAACAGCGUCCAUGACCGUUCUGGCUCUGCUUUGCGUCGUGCUGCGUAUAGUCAGCCGAAACCUCAGAAAGCAACCUUUGGGAUGGGAUGACUACAUGAUAAUCUUCUCAAUGGGCUGGUAUCUGGUUGUUGUCGGAUUCAUCUUCGCCAUGUACGACAACGGUAUGGGCCUCCAUGCGGAUAAAGUUGAGCUUCCGAGGAUUGUCAUGAUGGCAAAAUGGUUGUUGGUUGCUGAGAUCCUGUACGCCUGGAACCUUGGCUGGACCAAGAUCAGCCUCUUGCUCAUGUACUAUCGCAUCUUCCACGUGCCAUACUUUAAGAAGAUGGCAUGGGCAGUUGGCGGUUUUGUCAUGGCGUGGGUUAUCUGCAUCACCUUCCUCUUCAUCUUCAUCUGUGUACCAGUCCAGAAGCUGUGGUACCCUGAUCUCCCCGGCCACUGCAUCAAUCAAGUAGGCACUUGGAUCGCAAACGCGUCUUCGACCAUCUUUACCGAUCUCGCCAUUCUGAUAUUACCAAUUCCCCAAAUCUGGAAUCUUCAACUUCGAACAGCAGAGAAGAUGGGCUUGACUUUUGCCUUUGGACUAGGCUUUUUCGUUGUCUUUGCCUCUGCAUACAGAACCUCAGUCCUGUUUACGUAUACGAACAAUGACCCGACCUACACUCUUGCGCCAACGGUCGGCUGGACCGUCAUCGAAAUAUCUGCCGGUAUCAUAUCCGCAUGUCUUCCUACGUUACUCCCGGUGAUUCGACUGUUUCUCAAGACAAUCGGUAUCAAGCGGAACUUUUUCUCUUCUCAACGAGGAACCAACGGCGCUUCCAACGUGAACAAGUCAAACUUGAGCAGCCUCAAUCCGAAUAAGAGCGUCAAUGCAGACUCAACGCAUAGAACGAACGGCAACAAUUUCUAUCGCCUCAACGACGAGACCGAGUCUGAUGGCAGCUUCACAAUCGACACGCAACCGGUCGUAAUGAAUUCCCAGUUCCGGCCAGACACAAAAGGGUAUAGAAAUACUAUCAAAAGCCUUCGGACCGAUGAGCUUCCGGCUGACCUUACAAGGGACGAUAUACCAUUAAGCGGAAUCCGAGUACAGACGGAGUUUAAGCAAUCCACUUCGCCUAGGUGA